AUGGAGGUAAAAAAACCGGUAGAAACGGUAUAUGAAAUAAAAAAUGAUUAUGAAAUUCCCUCUUUUGAGGAAUUUAUGAAAAAUUAUAGUAAGGAUAAAGAAGUAGUUGAUAGUUAUGCGGACGAGUUUGAGAGUUAUGAAGAUGUACGAGUAAAAAGGACUUAUUAUGGGGCAUUAGUUGCUGCUUCUGUGUUUCCUCCUACCGCUGCUAUAGCUUUGCCGGCAACGGCUUUUGUAGCGGGAACAGGUUUGACAGUAGCAAGUGUAGCAAGUAUAGGUCAUACUGCCGAUAGUAAGAAGUGGAAAAGUUUUGGAGAAGGUUUGAUGGAAGUAGCAGUUAAUGCUAAGGAGGCACACGAUGUGAUACACCCGAAUUAA